UGGCUGCUGGCGGGAGUCGUCGCGCUCACGCUCGGCACCACCGCCAUCUCCGUCGGAUUCAACUUUCUGGGACGCGACUUUUACAACUCAAUCGCGGAGAAGAAACCGGACGAUUUCGAUCGCCUCCUCAAGACCUACAUCGCCGCCAUCGCGGGCGCGAUCCCCGUGUUCGUGCUCAGGGACUACUACCAAGAGGUGCUCGUGCUGAAGUGGCGCGGGUGGAUGACGGAGCGGUACGUGGAAAAGUACCUGGACAAACGAAACUUUUAUCACAUCCAAACCGGAAGCGUCAUCGACAACCCGGACCAACGCAUCGUGGACGACAUCGCGUCGUUCACGUCGACGUCGUUGGGUCUGACGUUCACGCUCCUGAACGCCGGGAUCGACCUCGUGAGUUUCAGCGGCAUCUUAUUCGGGAUAUACAAACCCCUCGUCGCGGUCCUGUUCGUGUACGCCGCGGGCGGCACCGUCGUCAGCGCGAAACUCGGGAAGCCGCUCGUGGGUCUCAACUUUACGCAAGAAGCGCGAGAGGCGGACUUCCGGUACGGCCUCGUGCGCGUCCGCGAGAACGCGGAGAGCAUCGCGUUCUACGCCGGCGAGGCCGCGGAGCGAAGCGCGCUCGUCGGACGCCUGAGACGCACGCUGGAUAACUUCGGCGACCUGCUCGUGGCGACGCGAAACGUCGACUUUUUCACGUCGUGCUACCGGUUCCUCAUCCAGUUCCUCCCCGCCGCGGUGGUCGCGCCGCUGUUCUUCAAGGGCGAGAUCGAGUUCGGGGUCAUCAACCAGAGCAGCAGCGCGUUCUCGCACAUCCUAGGCGACGUCUCGCUGGUCGUGUAUCAGAUCGAGCGGCUCGCGUCGUUCAGCGCGGUGACGGAUCGCCUGGGACAAAUGACGGAGGUGCUCGACAUCGGCGCCGCGGAGAUGGUCUCCGCGCCGGGGGAGAUUGGCAAGCGACGCAUCACGCGCACGCCAGUAGUGCGUCCGCCGCUCGUGGAGGGUCUCGACUACGAGCUCCCGAAGAGAGGGUCCGUGCUCGUGAUGGGCCCGUCCGGCGCGGGGAAGACGUCGUUGCUGCGAGCGGUCGCCGGGUUGUGGGAGCAAGGCGACGGCGAGGCCACCACGUCCACCGCGGCGUCCAUCGCGGAAAACAACGGGAUGUACUUCGUCCCCCAGCGCCCGUACUUGGUCCUCGGCACGCUGCGACAGCAGCUGCUGUAUCCGACGUGGGGGUGCCCGCCGGAGCCGAGCGACGACGAGCUCCGCGCCGCGCUCGAUAGGGUGAACCUGGGGUAUUUGCUCACUCGCGGCGCGAACAACAACGGCGCGGGCGCGGGCGACGACGUCGGCGAAAACGUCGGCCUGGACGCCACCGGGGACUGGGCGUCGAUCUUAUCCCUCGGCGAGCAGCAGCGCCUCGCGUUCGCGCGGCUGCUGUUGACGGCCCCGCCCGUCGCGUUGCUCGACGAGGCCACGAGCGCGUUGGACGGGGAUAACGAGGCGAAGAUGUACCGCUUGCUGAGAGAGCUUCCGGACACAGCGUACGUCAGCGUGGGGCACAGGGCGUCGUUGUUGGGGUUCCACGACGAGGUUCUGAGGUUGGGAGGGGACGCGUCGUGG